ACACUGCAGCCCUGGCCCUCGCCCCACUGGGUGGGAACAGCAGGGGGAAUGCUGUGUACAAAGCUGAUCUCCUCCACUAACGCCGCAGAACUUGGGGGAGAGUUCAGCAUUCUGACACAUGGACUGAGAGACAGACAGACUGAGAAGUAGACAGACAGGUAAAAAGACAGGUAGACAGACAGGUAGGCAGACAUGAUGCUGUGCUGUGUUAUGUGCUGGCUGUUUCUCCAGGCCUCCAGGAUGGGGGAUGCUUUGCCCCACCACUGCCCAGGACAGGGCUCUCCACUGGGGGAAAAGUGUCAGGAGGAGACCCCCUCAGACCAUCCAGAACCAGGCAGACUGGUGAUGCCCCGCCCCUCUGCAGAAGAGGGUGUGGAGGGGGGGGGCUCAGACCAACAUACAGCCCCCUCCUCACUCCACCCUGCGGCCCCCCCCUGCUCUGGGGGCACCCUGGGGGGACCGCUGGAACACAUGCUCUCAGCCUUACAGGAGGGCUGGCCCCCCCGAGGGAGGCAGGGGGGGCAGGAGGCUCUGGUCCGGUUUGGAGUGUGCCCGGGGUCGGAGGGGGGGCCCGUCGCUGCCCUGGCGCGGCUGGCUGGUGCUGGGGACACACUGCGUGUCAUGCACCCUGACACAGAACUGGUGGAGGAGGAGGAGGGAGGGGGAGGAAGGCUGGUGUUGACCUUUCACCUCCCCCUCUCUACGCUCCUGAAGCUGCAUCCUGUCCUCGCCCUGGCCUCCAGCGUUCCCAUGACAACCUCAGACAUGGAGGUCUCCUUCACCAGCCCUGCCCUCCAACCUCCUACACAGACGCUGUGUCUGUCAUCGAAGACCCAGUACCUGGUUCUGACUGGACAGCCCUCAGGGGGCCACAAAUGGAGAGUUUCUGUCACGUUGAAAACACCGGAAACAGAAUCAGGACAAAAGUUGUCUGAGCUACGAAGGAUUCUGAUUGGUAGAGAAGCAGCCAAUGACAUCAUUAUGACCCCUCUGCUGCUGUUCUCAUUGGAUCGAGCGACGGGAGAGAGAGAGCCCCUGGAGCCAUGCCCCUUCCUGUGUCAGCUCCAGAGCUUCCUGUCUGAGGUGCUCCCACAGGUGCCCCCACAGGUGCCCCCCCAGAACGCCGCCCCCUUCCCCCUGGCCUCCCUGAACUCCCUGCCCCCCCUCCCCCUGGGCCCCUCCUCAAGCGAGGCUCUCCUCCUCGGCCUCAUCAACUCCUCUGGUCCCACACUGUUCUUCUUCCCCCAGAAGAGGGCAGUGCUGGGGGGGCAGGGGGGAGCCCUGUUGGGGGGCCAGGGGGGGGAGCUUUCCCUGACCCCCGGCCUGCUAGAGGCCCUUAGGCUGCGGCUGGCGGAGGCCGUGGGCCAGCUGGGGCGGGAGGAGCUGGGCUGCAGGGGCGUGGAGAGGCUGCGCAGGCUGCAGGAGCUCGGCGCCCUCCCCAGGCCAGGAGAAGAACUGCAGGCUGGUGUGAGUGGCUCCAGAGAGAGGCAGUAUCGGGCCCUGCUCCUGCUCAAGGCCCUGCACAUGGUUCUGGGGCAGUGGGAGGUGGAGCGAGGCCGGCGUGCAGCCCGGGCGUCCCCUGAGCGGAGCUCCCUCUGCCGGCUGCACAGCCUGACCGUGUCCCUGGAGAGCUUCUUCAAGGACCCGCCGCACGCCAACAUCAACAACUGUGAGGGCAGCUGCCACUUUCCCAUCCUGCAGGGCGUCGACGGCAACAACCAUGUCAUGCUGCUCAACAGCCAGGUGCAGGGAGGGCGGGAGCUGGGACGAAGCCCCUGCUGUGUGCCCCUGGAGUACGACCCCCUGCUGGUGGUGGAGCUGGAAAACAACGGAGCCACCAUCAGCAUGAAGGACAACAUGGUGGCCAAGCAGUGUGGCUGUCGCUAAGGGGAUGAGAGGAGGAGGAGGAGGAGGGGAGGAGGAGGAGAGGAGGAGGGGAGGAGAAGCAGGAUGGGCCACAGUUGUGAGGGCCUGCAUGUGCAUGAUUUUAUUCUUGUUAUAUUAUUAUGUUAUUGUGUAAAAGUGUUCUGUCUCCAUUCAAGAGGAGGACUGUCAGUUGGUCUUAGCAUGGUUGAGGUCUUAGCAUGGUUGAGGUGUUAGCAUGGUUGAGAUGUUAGCAUGGUUGAGAUGUUAGCAUGGUUGAGAUGUUAGCAUGGUUGAGAUUUUAGCAUGGUUGAGGUCUUAGCAUGUCUGGGUUCCUAAAUACAUAACACAUCUUGACAAGAGUAAUGACCAGUUUGGACACAGUGGUACUGCAGUUUUUCAAGAGGAAGGUGUUUUAAUGUACAUAUUUCUCAUUGACGUAUGCCACAUGUGAUGUUAUAUAUUAAAAACCAAAUAUGAACCUUAAUAAACAUUUCCUCAUUUUAAAACGUAUUGCUGAUGAUCAUGCAUAA